AUGGAUGCCGCACCUGUCGGGCGCAAAUGCGACGGGUACACUCAAUAUCGACUACCUUCUCGUAAGGUGACGCUACCAGUAUCCAAACCAUCAAAGAGCCUCAUCCUCUGUCUCCCUGGUCUGGAUUCCGAUGAGCGUCGAUGUCUCCAGUUCUUCGAGCACAACACCAUCCCCAUGCUAGUGGGAGAACCUGCCGUCUGCCACGCAGUAGUCGCGCUCAGUGCCUUUCAUGAAGACUACGAACGGAGCACCAAAACUUUGAAAUCAAAACCCGAUCACCGCCAUCACCACUUCGCAUUGGAACAAUACAAUCGCUCCAUGGCAAUGCUGCGCCGGCGCAUCCAAUCCAAUGACCCCCAAGUCCGUGGCAUCACACUCAUGUGCUGUAUCACCUUCAUCAUCCUCGAACUCCUCGAGGGGGACUACACCAACGCGUUCGCCCAUCUCCAACAAGGCCUCAACAUCCUGAAAACCCAAUCAGCUAAUCACACACUAACCACCGAGCGCAUCCUCGCCAAAGCCUUCCUGCAGCUCAACACCCCGCGAGCCUACUGGAACGGCCCUGACGUCGUCGUAACCGGCCACCCGCCCAAGGGCAGCGUCUCGGAAGUAGCAUACGAAAUCACGCCAAUCUACAGCAUCGCCGAAGCAAAAGAGCGUCUACGCGUGCUAAUGAACAACAUCUUCCACCUUCAAUCCCUCUGCAACCUCUUCUUCCGCGGCGAACAAGACCCAGCCCUCAACUCUCUAACCCUCUCCGCAAAACAAACCACCCUCCACCACGACCUAACAGACUUCACUCUCGACCUCAAAUCAUUCAUCUCCUCCCACAAGUCCAACAACACCGCCUGGACGUUACGAGAAACCCGCAGCGUGGACGUCAUCCUCACGCACGUAGCAACCCUCACCAGCAUGCUCGGCUGUUCCCUCGACACGACGGAACUAGGUUACGACAACUUCCUACCUGAGUUCAAGCGCAUCAACGACCUCUGUGAACGAAUCAUAGCCACUUUCGUGACUGAAUACGGGAGUUACGAGAAUCUCCCCACCAUGGUCACUGAUAUCGGUGUCCUGCCAUCGCUGUUCUGGUGCUGUGUGAGGUGUCGGGAUGCUGAGACCAGAGAGCGAGCGCUUCAAUUGCUGAAGGUGUGGCCCCAUCGCGAGGGAUUUUAUGACUCGUAUCUGAUUGUGAAUAUUUGUCGAGGGCUGAUUGAUAUUGAGGAUGAGGGGAGGGAUGCUGGGGGGUUUAUCCCGAGGGCGUACCGUGUACAUACGCAUAUGAUUGAAGUUGCGGAGGAUCGGAGGAGUAUGGUUAUCAGAAUAGAUGAGGACAGGCAGCUCUCCUGGCUAAAACGUCUGUUCCAGGUAGUCUCUUGGCCUAGUAUAUCAUACUAUGCACGUCACACUGCUACUAAUUUGAUGUAUCCUCAUCUCAUGAAAUCCACCACCAUAGUCCUGUCAGCAUAG